ACUUCAUGGGAUCAGAAGAUUGCUGCCAAGCGGCAGGCCGGCCGUGACAAGAUUCCCAAAGAAUGGCUGCUGCCCUCUUCCAUCUUGGAGGGGCUCCAGAUGCCGCUUGACAAGCACCCCAACCGUGUGAAUGACUUGGACAUUCCACGCAAGUCAGGCAUCUUGACAGCCAAGGAGCUCGACAUUACCGAAAACUACACGGUGGAGAGCCUGCUGGCCAAGCUGAGAAAUGGUGAAUUGUCGGCUCUCGAUGUCACAGUAGCCUUUUCGAAACGAGCGGCAAUUGCCCAACAACUUCUAUCUUGCCUGACGGAGACAUGUUUCGCCGAAGCACAAGAACGUGCCAAAUAUCUCGAUAAUGAAAGGGCAAAUGGACGUAUUGUAGGACCGCUUCAUGGGCUGCCAAUCAGUCUCAAGGACAGCUUCCAAGUGGCUGGUCUGGCUGCAACCAUUGGGUUUGUUUCUUUCCUAGACCAUGAGGUGUCUAAGAGCAACUCACCACUUGUGGACAUCUUGCUUGAGCUUGGUGCCGUGGUGUAUGUGAAGACGAACCUUCCACAGACUCUCAUGACGGCAGACUCCGAGAACAACGUAUUUGGACGCACAUUGAACCCAGUCAAUACAAGCCUCACAGCUGGAGGUUCAAGUGGUGGUGAAGGUUCACUGAUGGGGUUCCGAGGAGCCCCCUUGGGCAUAGGCACGGACAUUGCAGGUUCUAUUCGUAUCCCGUCUCUUUGCUGCGGUACCUACGGUUUCAAGCCCUCGUCUUCGCGUUUCCCUGACGGUGGCCAAAUUAACCCAGGCCGGGAUGGCAUGUCAUUCUUCAAGCCUUCGGCUGGUCCUCUAGCCAAUGACAUGCAGGCUCUUGACUUCCUAUACCGCUCAGUCAUGUCGGUACGGCCAGCACUAUACGACUCGAGCGUACUCGACGUGCCUUGGAGGGAUCUCUCAAAGUCCCCAAGCACAGGGAAGCUCCGCAUAGGUGUUCUCUCUGAAGACCCAUCCUACCCAUUACAUCCUCCAGUCAAGAGGACCAUGGCUGAAGCAGUGAAAUUGCUAAAGGCACAAGGUCACGAAAUCUACAAUAUCGAUCCAGCCACUGCACAGGUUGACAAUGCCUUGAUGAUUGCUUUCAACUAUUUCUUCCUGGAUGACAAGCCCAUGGAGUUUAUUGCAGCCAGUGGUGAAGAGCUAGUGACGUCAGUGAAGCAAAGCAUGGGGGUAUUCCACUCGGUCAAGUCCACCUUCCUCGACGACAUUGCCGGUCUAGAGGGCGUUGUUAGGGUGGCUGCGAUCAACACAAAGAGAGAGGCCAUUAUCGAGGCAUGGAGGGAGAUGUGGAAGCAGCAGAAGCUGGAUGUCAUGAUCGGGCCGCCCGCGCAGCACACGGCCGUCCCGCAUGACACGUACGGCCUGCCGCCUUACACACUACUUCUGAACGUGCUCGAUUAUCCUGCAUGCGUGAUACCUUUUGGCAAGUCAUCCAGCCAACUCGACCCUGAGCCUUUUACCAUGGGCCCAGGCCAAUACGGUCCGAAUUACGACCCCAAAGCCACGGAUGGCGCACCCACCUCGAUUCAGGUCUUCACCAACAACAUGCGUGAUGAAGAGUGUCUUCACUACGCAAGUGUCAUCGACGCAUGCUUGAACCCAAAGUAGAUUAGAUCCGUCGCAGCAAUGCUAUCACGAAAACAGUUACGAAAAAAAGAACAUGAAUCGCGAGAUGACAAAAAAAAUCGGUGGCAUGCAUAGACUGGGAGAUAGGGGCUGAUGGGGACCCUUCACGCAUGACGGCGCAUUUUGGUGGAAAUACAUGGCAUCACAUCAGCCAGAACAAACACAAAUG